AUGAUGCUAUCGAUUCCGGAAAGCUUGCCAAUCUCGGACUCGCUUCUGCUCCCAUUGGAGGCAAUGUCUUACAUUCCAACGGCCUCUUCAACGGCAGCAGCGAAUAUGGCAAACAUGUCAAAUAUGGCUACAUAUUUUUCUCGAAAUGCUUCCUAUGGUACUCCGCUUGGCGGUUUGCCCACUGUUCCAUCACAUCCAUUUGUGCAUGGAAUGCCAUAUUUGGGAAGUGGACUUGGCGAUUGUCAAACCGCGAGUCUAGCCUGGGGAAGUCAACCACCGCCGAGAAAACAACGCCGUGAACGAACCACGUUCACUCGAUCACAAUUGGAGAUUUUGGAGAGUUAUUUCUCGAAAACUCGAUACCCUGACAUCUUCAUGAGAGAAGAUAUGGCGUUGAAGAUUCAAUUGCCCGAGAGUCGCGUUCAGGUUUGGUUCAAGAAUCGUCGUGCCAAGGCUCGUCAACAGAAGAAAGCACAACAACAGGCAGCUGCGGCAGCCGCUCAAGCAACUGGUGGAUCGACGGGGACAAACGGAUCGACUGGUGGAAGUAGUGAAGGCGGCAGCACGAGUGCCAGUGCGGAGCCGGUUGAGGUGAAAACGGAAGAAGCCGAGGCGACCCUGUCCGAGCACUCCACCACCACAUCCCCAUCGACUGAGGCUAUUGAAACGAAACCGAUUGUCGCCACAUCGCUUCACAAUCAAGCCUACCUUACCGCCGCAUCGGCUGGUUACAGUUUUAGCACCACCGGCUUGGCGUCGUAUCCGGCCUACUACCCGACGACAACCACCGGCUUCGAGUAUCUCCAGUACGCGCAAAAUGGCGCCGGCACAACCGGCUACACCACCGAUCCGUGGAUGUUCACGCAAGGGGGCAAAAUGCAU